AUGGCUAUUGAUGGACCACAUAACGGAUGGCGUUAUCUAUUUCUCCCGGUUGCACAUCAAGAUCAAUUGGUUAUGAACGCCGUUCUCACGGUAUCCGCCUUUCAUAUGUCCUUCUGCAAUAGCAAAAUGCGCAGCCUGGAUAAUGAACCCUUCACUCAGCCCGGCCAUAACAGCCCCGACAAUCUUUAUAAACGUACAAUUGAAGGCCUGAAACAACGAGAUUUGGCCAAAUGCAAUUAUGAGGAAAUGCAGCCCAUCAUCGCGACAAUUCUCGUACUUCUUACAGCAGUUAUGGUUAACGGAAGAAAUGACUUUCCAAUUUUGUUCUCCUUGCUGGUCUCAGCAACUAAUGUCAUUGGAGGGGAAGAUCAACUAGCUGGAAACGAACUAGGUGAUUUUAUGCUGCGUCAAGUCCGGAAGUGA